GUUGCUGACGGCCGCGUCGCUACACUAAUAUUAUAACUGGCCGUAAACAAAAGCCGGUUGUAGAAAGUAAAAAAAAAGUAAAACAAAAUAAAUAUGGCUGGAUAUUUCGCGCGCGAUUAACGGACUGUCAAAUUUUCCCGCCAACGUGUUCUCAAUUAUAGAACUCGUUCUGAAACAGUACGCGUUGAAACGUCGAAGCUAACAGACAUGGUUCCCGAACGAUAGUCGCCAUGUUUAAUUUCUUUAAAAAGAAAAACGCGCCCGACUCGCCUCGGAAAAAUCCGAGCGAUUCCCACAAGACAGUCGACGCGCGCGCGCGAAACGAAAGUGAUGUAACGAAUGAAAAAGCAAACACAGUUCCCAAGGAUGUAGUGAAUCUUCUAAUACCUGAAACGGAUUACAAUCAAAAGAGCGGCGUAGGUGCAAUACUGCAGAUAAUGGCUGGAAAAAAGAGGAAAAAUAAAAAGAAAAGAACAGAGUCCUGUAGGAUGAGUCCGCAGAAAGAGACGCAAGUAAAUCUACAGCGGAGUAAUUCUGACGUAGAGCCGCGCGGCGCGCCUACGCCUGCCGAAAAUAAACAAGAUACAGACGCUGCUGAGUUCGUGAAAGCUUUAGUCCUACAGAAAUACGCAGCGAAACCAGACCGCCAUGUGUCGUUAGUGUACGUGAACGAACCUGUUUUGGACGAGAAGCGACAUGCUGAGGCACUGCUCCGGGAGAUAGCGAGGAGUAUAGACUGCACCAUAGACAAAAUAAAUGAGAACCAAAUGGGCGCCACAGAUAGUAAAGAGCACGAGCCUGUUUACGAAGCAAUAGACAGAGAUAACGGAAUAGAUACGUACAAAAACGAAUUGAAAGGGGAAUUAGAGAAGUUGUUGCAGAUCGAAACCGAUAUCGACAGAGCUGACGAUUCGCCAGCUUUAAAGAAGAAAUCGAAUUUGAAACCGCCGAAAUCGGAUACGGAGGGUUGUUCUGACGAUGACAGAUCGGAUUCUGGUAAGAAACGUGUCACGUUUAGAAAGCAUAUCGUAUUUGAUGAUGGAGAACAACAGACGGAUGAGGAAGUUGAUUCUUCAUUUGAAUCGCUCACCUCCGAAGAGGAAUAUUUGGAAGAGUCGAUACCAGAUAACGAUGAGUUGCUAGGAGGUUACGUAGUCUCGAGGAGCGAGAGUGAUAACAAGACUGUGAUUAAUGUGAAUGAGGACGUAUCCGAUGGAGAUAAGGUUCAAAUUGAAGGGGACUUGAAAAGAAUUUCGAGUGAUAACAGUGACAGUGGAUUCAUAGAAGGUGACAGUGAAUUAAAGAGUGUAGAAGUAGAGUCGGACAGUGACGUGAGUACGAGUGAGACAGAAGAGGAGAUAACAGAAGAAGAAGAGGAAGAGGAAGUUAGUAUAGCAGAAAUCAUUGAGCCGGGAGACCCGAAGCAUAUUGACCACAAGAAGUCUCUUGUUACACAAGAGAGCAAAUUCCAGUCUCAAGUGGCAGUGUUGACAGAGCUAGCAGACAAUAGGUGUGGAGAGUCAGAGCGAGCGAGAGAACUCAUCGCAGCCUACAGGAAAGAGAUUGAAGCUAAAGACCAGGAAAUAGAACAUUUAAAAUGCGAGUUAGCAGCAGCAUACAAAGAAUCGGAGCUGGUGCGGCAGCGGAGCAGAUCGCUGGAGGAGGACCUCUCUGCAGCCAGGAGUUGCUCCGCAGACUUGGCAGAACAGCUGCAGAGGCGGAACGAUGAAUCACUCCGUCAGCUCAGAUCUGAACUAGAUGAUGCGCUGACCCGACGAGCUGAGUUGGAAUCUCGAGUGCUAGCGUUAGAGCGAGACAAGGACAGAUUAGAGCAGGAGAAAGUUUUACAAGAACAGAAGGCUCAAGAGGCAUUAGCAGCAGCUGAAGCAAAUACAGCAAAAUGGCGGUCGGCCCACGAGUCUGCACGAUCGCAAGCGGCCGCGCGAGCCGAACGGAUGCUAGCCGACUGCGAAUGGAAGAUGCGGGAGCUGGAGAAGAAAGCCAGGGACGCGGAGAAGCAGAAGAAAGAGCUGGCAAACACAGUAGAGCAACUGCAAUCCGCUCCCCCAACACCAGCACACAUCGCCGAGCUGCAACAACUGAGAGGGCUAGCUACAGAGCAACAGAGAUCGGUGGAAGCACUCAAGCUUCAGCUACAAACAGUGGAGACCAGGGAAGAGGCGUUGAAGUUAGAAGUGCACAGACUCAAGGAGGUGUUAGAUAAAGAAACUCGAAUAGGGAAAGAGAAGGAGGAACGAUAUUUGCAGAGCACGCAGCGUCUGGAGCAGCGUCAGUCGGAGGCGCUGGAGCGCGCGCGGACCGAGCAGGCGGCGGCGCGCGCGCACCUCGAGCGCGCCGCCGCGGAGCGCACGCGCGCCGCGCUCGGCCAGCUGCGCGCGGAGGCCGACGUGCGCGCGCGCAGCGCGGACAGGAAGCUGCGCGAGCUCACCACCAGGUUCGAGAAUCUCAAAGAAGUACUGGCAAGCAAAGAAUCACAGUUCGAAAGAGAGGUAGCAGAAGCACACAGCAAAGCCGAUUGGGACAUCCUGCAGCUGAGGCAUCUUCUAGACAAGGCGGACAUAAACUAUGCCAACAAUAUAGAGCAGAUGACGGAACGAUUCGAGAAAGAAAAAGAACGUUUAAUAGAAGAAUGGUCAACCAAACUCCGCCAAGUUGAAGAAGAAGCUUCUACAGCGGCUGGUGAAGCGAAACAACUGUUAGAAACGACCCGGUCGAAACUUGUAUCGGAGAGAUUGGAACAGGUGAACAAAUUGAAGGAGCAACACCGGCUAGAAAUGGAGGAGCAAUGGGAGCAAUUCAUGACAGAUAAAGAAAGCUGUCUGACUCGUAUGAAGUCAGAGUGUCGACAAGAAGGUGAAGAAGAGAGAGUUAAGAGAGAGAAAGAGCUUUUGGAGGAGAUUGCAGAAUUAAAAUCUCAAGUUCAGUCAAAAUCGUCAGAUUUUGAUACUCUGGCUGUUAAAGCAGCGGCAUGCGGACGUACGCUAGCGGUUACAGAGCAAGAAUUGAGAUACACUGCGCUAGGCGCGGUGGUAGCGGCGGGCGCAGUCUUCGGCGUGACUACCUCAACGCGUCUCACACUUGCCACUUUCCUACUGUCCAUAGCUAUCGUCUUUUAUAUGAAGAUAUCAAACAACAUAAUAGCGAUUAAUUGAAUGUUUUUAUAAUACUGCCGUAGGGGAUUGUGCUGUUUUUGUUAACUGGAAAUAAGAGGUCUAGGUUUAUAAAUUGUGGAUAACUUUAAAUGUUUGUCGUUCAAAGAAAAUUAAUUAAAUUAUUACUCUAUAUAACAUAUAAGUAUCAUACGUAGUUUAAUUCUGUAGAUAGAUACGUACUAUGUGUAUAUUUGUGAGUAGAUCAGGGGUCACCAAAUGUAUAUAUAAUAUCUAUGUAUAUGUAUAUAUAUAAUAUAUAUAAAUGUAUAGUAUCAUGUAGGAUCACCAAAUUGCUUCUUGUAAUUCCAAAGAGUUUAUUAUUUCAAACGUUUAUUAUGAGCCGUUAUAGCAAUUGAAUCCUAUGAUCGUAUGCACCGAGCUCGGUGCUAUGUUCGCACUGAUGUGUACCGUCCCCUCUGCCCCGCUCUGCCGUUUAUAGGUACGGCGUGAACAGUGUAUGUAUCUACCUACAAAAAUAAUUCAUUUUCUUAAUUCUAUUUUCCGUUUAUACUUAAGAAAGUCGUAUGUAAAAAUGUAUAAUGAAAUUAAAACAAUUUUAGAAGAAAUUAUUGUUUGUAUAUAUUUUGCUAGAUCUAUCACGACGGCAAAGUUACCGAAUGUUGAGAGUCCCGUACAAAAUACCGAUUUUUAUUUUCCCUAUUUUUCCACUGAACUUAGAAUUUUGCCGACUUUUUUUUCCGUGAAACUGCAGUAUGCCAAAUACAAAAAUAGAGCCUACGUUCAAAAGUUUAUGCAUACCUAGUACAUGUUAAGAUAAAAUAAAUAAAUAAAUUUUCAGUUAAUAAAAACAGCAUUUAAAAUUAAAUAUUAAUAGUGUAUUCAGGAAUAAUUGUUUAGUUUAUUAGAAAAAUAAUUAUUAAUUGACUGUCGUUAACAAAGAUAUAAGUAAUUAACAUAGGCUCUUGUAAAUUUAUGUACUCCUAGUCAUCAUACAAAAUUUCGUAUAUUUUCUCAUACAUUUUCUUUGAUAACAUGUGAUAUAUUGUUCUUUCAUUGGCUUAUGAAAUAACUAUGUAAGUAUAUAAUCAUUUAUAACUUUUAAAAGCAUAAUCUGUAUAAAAUUCAUAUUGAUUAACUUUAUACAAUUUCGCUUUUUGUAUUAUAUCAUUUUUCAUUUUUAUACUUUUUUUAUGAAAAACAAAAUUGGUUGUGCUAAUCUAUGGUAAGUAUUAAAAAUGUUUUAAACAAACUUAUUUCAUGUAUUCGAAAUUUAAAAAAGGUUGUGACUUUAAAAAUAUUGCCUGUAUUAAAAAUAAUAUUUACCUUAAAAAGUUUUUUAUUUGCCGUCAAAAUACUCAUUCGACACAACCAUAUACAGCCAAGUGACAGUUGACUCGUAUUUUUUUUUAACAAAUGAACCAAGACCCUAUAAUUAACAGCUUAUUACCAAACUUUAAUCGUUAUUCCUUUUCCCUGAAACCUAUUAACUAAUAUAGAGAGGCACUUGCGAGAGAGAAGGAACUAAGAGAGAAGAGAUCAGAAGAUACUACGAAAAUACGACAAA